AUGGAAGUAAUGCACGUGGAAGACAAGAACACCGAGGGUUCCAGCAGUCCCCAGAAGCUAGAAGAGAGGCAUGGAACAGAUGUUCCCCACAGUGCCUCCAGAAAACCUCCAGCAGCACUAUGUUGGGACAGCAUCCGGAGGUUCACAACCUCUGUGGUUUGUAGGAGCCACUGUGAGGAGGGCCCAGGGAAGGGUUUGCCAUUUUCAGUGGAAAACAAGGGGCGAUUAUUACUUAUGAUGACUUUGUACUUUGGAUCUGGAUUUGCUGCACCUUUUUUUAUACUAAAACAUCAACUGCUUAAGAACUAA